AUGCAAUUGACCGAUCUCAGUCGUAGCUUCCGCUUUGACGACGUAAUGUGGGGAAGACAGAAUUCAAGGGCAGGGGGUGUUUCAGAUUCACAUGAAGACAAGCUGAAGCCGAAGCCAAACCAGAAGAAUGUUCUGACGACCUACGGCAGCCUCUCGAUGGACUUUUGGACGAAACUCAUCAGCGGCGUGAGCAACAACAAGUCUGCCACGGCCGCAGCGUCCAGUCCGCAACAACGCCUGCAGCGCUUCCGUCGAGCAUACAAUCCCAUCCUACAGCUAUGCGGCCGUCCACAAACCCUAGCAUCUCACGCUCCCGCUCUUGAUCAACUCUACUCCUCACUGCAGACCAUCACCGCAUUACUCGCUGAAGAGGCCCGAUCCCCUGUUCCUCACCUCUGUCUCAACUUUACACAGUCCUCGCAAAUAUACAGUGUUGUCGCCCGCGCUGCCUCGACCUCUCGCGAUGCCCGUCUCGUACGUCAGACCAUCCUCUUGUUCAGUCUGCUGCUCGAGAGCGAGGAUGAAGACUUCGUCGCUUCUCCCACCUUUGCCAAAUCUUUCAUGCGAUUUGCCCUGCGUGUCAUAGACUCCAAUUCCGCUGGCUAUGGCGAAGACAUUGAGGCAGACGUCGUCGAACUCCUAUUUGCUGUCGUCGCAAAGAUUCGCAUACAACCCAACAUCCUCUUCGUCUGGUUCUCGUCCUCAGCAAACAAGGCCGAUUCGCAGAAGCCUCCAAACCACUUCGCAGGCCAAACACAAAAGGACGACUUCCCACUGUGCUAUCUUCUGAUUGAUCGUAUUCAUCAUGAUGGCCGUAUCGGCGAUUUCGCUCGUACUGGUCUACUAUAUAUCUUCGAAGCCGUCUCCAAUUCUACACAUCUCGAGGAUUGGAUCAUAGAAAGUGACCUGCCCACCUUGAUGGCCUCUGGUCUCGGUGCUUUGUACAGUCAAUUGAGCCGAGAACUGUCUAUUCUGCACGAUCACGACCGCCUACCUAUGAUCCUCGCUCUCUCAGAUUACAUUGAUGCCCAGCAGAUAUCGUCAACCGAGAGCAUCUUCUCUCCAACACAUGCUACCCAUAUGGCUACUUUUCUUUCCCACCUUGCUUUCUGGCAGGAUGUCUUGGAACAUUGCAAGUCUGAGAGUGUCAAGACUACCCUAUUGGAUCAUUUCCGAAUUCUCUUUNUACAACAGCUUCUCUAUCCCUCAUUGCUCCAAUCUUCUGAUACCGAUGGGGGUUCGUCUGUUGCCGUUCUCACCUAUCUUUCAAACAUUUUCGAGUCACUAGACCAUCCCGAUCUGACACGAAUGGUCCUUCAGUAUCUCUUGGCUAUUCCUGAAACCAAACAAUCAGAACCUGUUUCGCCUACUGUUCAGAGGCGGCAGAGUACCCUGAUGCUGCUAACACAAUCUGGCAAUGAUGAAGACAAGUUUGAACCUACGCUGUUUAGUCUGGUCGAUCUCAUACUCAACGGCAUAAGAUCGCAAAAUCCACAGACAGUCGUCGCCGCUUUGAAACUUUCAUCGGUCAUGCUGACAAGGCACCGCGCGUAUACAACCUCCACUUUGCUGCAAUCAAAGUCGGUCUUGUCACUUGAAGAGAAGAGAACCAUUCAGGCCCUAUGCAUGGAAACGGACAGCCUCAUUCAAAUCGCCACGGGCCUUGGUGGUGAGAUUGACGUCGACGAGGCGUACGCCACCGCCUGUCAAGAUAUCACCGUUCCCAUGGAAGUUCAGAUCGCGAACAGAGCCUUGGAAAAGUCUUCAGUGCUGAAAAUACUGCCGCACGACCCUUAUAUCCAAUCAAUCCUUGCGCUUUUCGGAUCUUUCUUUUCCAAUAGUGUGGAUGUCAACCUUUCCUUGACCGAAGCAACAAUUUGGCUGGCGUCAUGUGCUGGCAUUGGCCUUGACGGCUGGCUUGCUAUGCCCAGAUCAGACUAUCAAACAGCAACACUCGAAUCAGAAUUUGACAGCACUAGUCUAGACGAGGAGGAAGCUGCAAGUCUCCAUCUGCUGCAAUCCAUGUGCUCCCAGCAGCGCCGCCACGAUUCCCAAGAUCCACUGCUGCCUGCAAUCUUGCGCGCUUUGAACCGCCAGGUCGAAAGUAUUCGCUCUGACAUCCCGAUGAUCGAUCAUCUGAUUGAGAAACGUAUCGCAAUUCUUGGUGGGGCUGGUCGCGAAGACUUGCUAACCCAACCUAAAAAUCCUGCUGCUUCCAACAGAAAAUCUACCGAGUCUUCAAGGCCUAGUGAUCGACAGAUACAGCGCCUUCAGGCAGGAUCAAGACAGAGGUCAACCUCACGCGAGUCCAGUGGUUCUGGGUCAUCCACGCCUGUGCGAGUUAGAGAUAGCUCGUUGUCGGGAGUGCCACCAAGAUCCAGUUCUCUCCCACAAGCGCCCCGUGGUCCACAACAAAACUCGAUAUUCAGGCCACCACCUCCAGAAUCUCCCGAAGAAGACAACUUGCCAGCUGAGAAUUUGUCAGUGCAGACUGAGUCUAAGCAGAACGAAGCGCAGACAUUGAGAGGAAAACUUCAAUUUGUUCCUGUCGAAUCUACAACCAACAACACAAUCUUUGAGUACGUAUCAAAUACUGGUGCUCGUACUCAAACAGAAGGCGACGGCAACAAGAAGACCAAAGAAGCCACUUUGAGCCAUGUCGUGACGAACAUAGUCAUCCUGCAACACUUUGUUGUAGAACUGGCUGCCGUGAUGAGAACUCGCGCAAUUGUCUUUGAAGAGGUUGCAUUCACUUGA